AUGGGAAAACGAAUCAUCGUGACGGGAGGCUCAGGCAAGGCCGGCCAGCAUAUCAUCGCGUAUCUUCUUGACAAGGGCCAUGAUAUCCUGAAUCUCGAUUUGGCACCAUUACCAGAUCAUUUGGCCAAGCGUGUCCACACCCUACGAGUGGACUUGACCGAUAGCGGUCAAGUCUACAGCGUAUUCACAUCCCAUUUUCAUCUCACGGAACCAUUCCGUGAGCCACUGCGUCUUCUGCCCGAUGCUGUGAUUCAUCUUGCUGGAUAUUCACGCAAUAUGAUUGCUCCUGAUAAUGAGACCUUCCGCGGAAAUACUUUGUCCACAUACAAUGUGAUCGAAGCUGCUUGUCGACUCGGCAUCAACAAGAUCGUCACGGCCAGUUCCAUCACGGUGUAUGGAGUGAGCUACGCCGAGGGGGACGUGGAGUACCCCUCAUAUCCUGUAGACGAGGAAGCCGACGCCAAUCCCAUGGACACAUAUGCCAUUUCAAAAGUGUGCGGUGAGCGUGUUGCCCGUGGCUUUGCUCGCCGAUUCGGCAACGAUAUCUACGCGCUGCGCAUCGGCCGAGUAGUGGCCCCCGAGGAAUACAAACAGGAGAUGUUCAAGAGCUAUGUAGAGAGCCCGAAUGCAUGGGCACCGCACGCUUGGUCGUACACAGACGCCAGGGAUCUGGGACAAAUGUGUGAUCUUGCUGUCCAAAAAGACGGCCUCGGCUUUCAGAUUUUCAAUGCGGUCAACGAUGAAAUCACGAAUUACACCUCCUCGGCAACAGAGUUUCUCCGGCGCAUUUCUCCCCAGGUGCCCUUCACGGGCCAUAUGGGACCUCGAGAUGCCCCCAUAUCGAACAAGAAGAUCAAAGCAUUGUUAGGUUUUAACCAGCAGCAUCCUUGGCAGUUGCACUAUGAAACUGAGCCUUAG